AUGACGGUCGCUAACCAAGCAGCACAGCCCGGCGCAGGCUGGGACGAAGCUCAAUGUACAGCAGCGCUCGCAUUAUUGGAACAGCGCCAGGCUCAAAUCAACGACCUACGCCUGGCGAUACCACAAAUAAUCGAACCCCUUCAUCGUCGCCCAAGUCCCAUGACGUGGAAACUCUACAGCCAGGGCUUGGAAACCUCUAGCAAAGGCCUCGCAGCCUUCAAGGAACAAUGGAGUGAAACUGAGAUGCAGAAUAUUCUUAAUCACGCCAAGGAGAGCUUCAAGGGGAACCCCGACUUGACAGAGAGUGUCUCUGUACCUUCUCACGGGUGGGUGGAAAGAGAGCGAAAGGCAAAGAAGUCGACAAAGACCAAGAGUGAGCAUGUAGAGGACGCAGGCGCGAUUCUCACGGACGAGGAAAUUUCGCGUAUCGUCAUCGAGUUCCGCAAGUCUCACCCAAAUCUCAAGUUGGAGACAACCGACGACAAUACCAGCAUAUCUACACGCUUCGUUUCUGGGCCGGUCACGCUAAGGUUUCACGUUGGCAUCGAGCGCGAGGCAAACGGUCGACACAAACUGAAUGCAGAGUGUUUGGGGACAACGGAGCCCUUUUUGGCUAUCACGCGAUGUCUUGGGUUACGCCCACACGCAAACGACCUCAAGCAUAUAUUGGAUAUGAUUGCUGCGUAUAAAACUAUCAAAGGAACAUCGUGCGCUAAAUGCGGAAAAUUACUCGAUGAUGCAGCUCUGGUACCAACUGCAAGACGCAGCAAGCAAGUCGCUGCUGCAAAUGAAACGCAAGAAACCAUAUGGGAGGCACUCCAUGAGAGUUGCCUGACCUAA